AUGCCCUCAUCGCGGCCUCGUCGGAAAUAUACAGAAGACGACAUGGCUGAGGCUAUUUUAGAUAUCACCGAUAACGGCUUUUCGCCCUCCCAAGCGGCUCAGCGAUGGGGGGUGCCUCGAACCACUCUAAUCGACAGACUUAACGGCCAGACAGCUGUGUCUCUGGGGUAUGUUCCGUCCCACAAUCAGAUUCGCGCUUGCGUCAUGGGGUUGCUAGGACAGCAAGGCGAACAACCCGAAUUAGGUCGCAACUGGGUAGCCAGAUUUAUUGAGCGCCGUCGGGACCUCAGGACUAAGAUCGGUAGACGUCAGGAAGCCAAUCGGUUCGACUCAUUUACGCCUAAGGCGGUUCAUUGGUACUUCGAUAUUCGGGAGGGCCAGUAUGGUUGGAUUCGGCCUGAGAACACUGUAAAUGUUGACGAAGGAGGGCUGGAUAGCCUGGUGGUGGGAAGCGCGGACCCGAAGCGGAAGGCUCUGCUCAAGGGAUCACAAACCCGAAAUUGGACUUCAUUUAUUGAAGCUAUCACUGCUGAUGGCCGUGCCUUGACUCCUGGCAUAAUAUUCAAGGGCAAGGAACUCCAAAAACAGUGGUUCGUUAAUGAAUUCAAGAAGAUAGCCGACUGGCAUUACAUAACUUCGCCGAAUGGGUGGACAGAUGAUCACAUCGCCGUUGAAAGGCUCAAAAGAGUCUAUUUGCCUCAGACCAAGCCUACCGACGAGUCUGAUGCCAGAUUAAUCAUUUUGGAUGGACACGGGAGCCAUGCGACGGUAUUUUCCUUGCCUACUCCGGCAAACGGGCGCUGCGAACCGAGCCGAGGACGAGUGGAUGGCUACCCAUUAGAUAAUGGAGUAUUCAACGCCUCCAAGGCCGCAUAUCGACGAGAAUUGGAAAAACUCACUUCCCUGACCGAUUCUGCUCCGAUGGACAAGGUCAAUUUCAUCAGGGCCUACGCCAAAGCUCGUGAAGUGGGAAUGACCAAGAAGAAUAUACUCUCCGGCUGGAGAGUUGCUGGUAAUUGGCCAAUUUCACGAGCCAAAGCCCUAAGGCACCCAGAAAUCCAAGAGGAUAGGCAGAAUGACAGCCCGAAGAGGACUCCGGAGCCAGCGCCUUAUUUUGGCUCGGAUGAUACACCAAAAACCAGCCGCCAGAUUCGGGACCUUGGGCUAAACAAAACACCAAAGACGCGGAGACGGUAUAAUGUGAUAGCCAAAGGCUUUGAGAGUCAACAACAGACGUUAAUAGCACAUGCCAUGAGAAUUGCUGGCCUGGAGGAGGAACUGGUUCGCCUCAAGAGAGGCAAGAAGAGGAGGUCUAUUCCGAAUCCCAAUAAAGUAUUCAUGACUCUAGGCGAGGCUCUAGCCUCUGGAGAGGCCAUUACAGAAAAGGAGAGCGAAAAGAAGCAUGCUGUGGUGAACUAUGGCCCUUCGGGAGAGUCGGGGUCAGAGUCGGCGGCCGGCUCGGUUAUCGUAGUCAGAGAGGAAACCAUACUGCCCCAGCGUAUCACACGAUCGGGAAGCCUGCCCAAAAGGCCUAAAAAUUAA